AUGGGCAAGGGAGGAGCUAAUGGGAAUUUCGAAAAUUACACUGCCCAGGAACACCGUACACGACCCCAUAGUUCGUCUCUGUAAACACCAAAACAAACCCUAAUUCGUGAUCUUUCGCAAUUCUUUGUUCCCUUCUCAUCCACAACUAUCUUACGAAGUCAAAAUCACAUCUUUUCUGCAAUUCCCAAAUAUCAGUUACGAUUAGGCAAACAAAUUUCAAAUUUUGCCUUCUACCCCCCACCCCCACACUGUUCUGUCUUGCAUCUCGAUUGGUUGUUUUCCUUUUCAGAUCAGGUUCAGAUUUUUCUUCUGCCCCAGCUUUGGAGGAUCCCUCAGCUUCCCUGAGCGCUGGAUUUUCAGAGAUCUGGUUAUCACUACUCUGUGCCAUGCAGGGUUUGUGGAUAACAUAUGCUUCUAUCAACGGUUGGAAUUUGGAUGGUUUGGCAUUUGUUGGGAGGGAAAAUGGAGUAACUGGAUGGUUAAGUGUAAAGUUGUAAACAUUUUGUAAGAUAGCGGCAUAAAAUUAUGGGCAGCAGUGAGAUGGAUAAAACACCAAAAGAGAAGGAGUCAAAGACUCCUCCACCUGCUUCACAGGAGCAAUCUUCAGCCACCAGUACCGGAGCCGUUAAUCCCGAAUGGUCCAGUUUUCAGGCAUAUUCUCCUAUACCUCCACAUGGGUUUAUGGCAUCAAGUCCCCAAGCUGCCCCAUAUAUGUGGGGUGUCCAGCAUAUUAUGCCUCCCUACGGCACUCCAACACAUCCCUAUGUUGCAAUGUAUCCCCAUGGUGGCAUAUAUGCUCAUCCAUCCAUGCCUCCGGGAUCUUAUCCUUUUAGCCCUUUUCCCAUGCCUUCUCCAAAUGGUAUUGCUGAGGCUUCAGGAAAUACUCCUGGCAGCAUGGAAGCUGAUGGGAAGCCUCCUGAGGUGAAGGAAAAACUGCCAAUCAAAAGAUCAAAAGGAAGUUUGGGCAGUUUGAACAUGAUUACAGGGAAAAAUAAUGAGCCCGGUAAAACAGGGACUUCUGCUAAUGGAAUUCAUUCAAAGAGUGGUGAGAGUGCAAGUGAAGGUAGCAGUGAAGGAAGUGAUGCUAAUUCUCAGAAUGAGUCUCAAUUGAAAUCAGGGGGCAGACAGGAUUCUUAUGAAGAUGAACCAUCUCAAAAUGGCAGUUCGGCGCAUGCUCCUCAAAAUGGGGGUAUUAAUACACCUCAUGCGGUUGUUAAUCAAACCAUGUCUGUCAUACCUAUCACUGCAGCCGGUGUUCCUGGAGCUGUUCCUGGUCCCACAACAAAGGUUCCGUCUACUGCAGUUGCUGGAGGGAUGGUUGCUGCUGGAUCACGAGAUAGUGUUCAGUCACAACUUUGGCUACAGGACGAAAGAGAGCUUAAAAGACAAAGGAGGAAGCAGUCUAACAGGGAAUCUGCUCGAAGAUCCAGAUUGCGCAAGCAGGCUGAGUGUGAUGAGCUAGCUCAGCGUGCUGAGGCUUUGAAAGAAGAAAAUGCUUCUCUCCGGUCAGAAGUCAGUCGGAUCAGAAGUGAGUAUGAGCAGCUAGCCUCUGAGAAUGCAGCUCUCAAGGAGAGACUUGGCGAACUACCUGGGAAUGAUGAUCUUAGGUCCAGAACAAUGAAUGAUCAGCCUGCAGCUGAUGACCCUCAACAGAGCGGACAGGCAGAGGCCGUGGAGGGUGGCAAUUAGGAUCAAUAUAUACUUGCCGCCACAUGUGGCAUUUGCAGGAAGAUAACCUAACACUAAUAGCAAGAGCGAGUCCGUGUUUUGGAAUAGCUUGUAGCUCAAAUUGUACUAAAGCUGACCCAUGUUAUAGUCUCUUAGGUUCUGUUUAUGUUAUAUGAUCCCUCAUUCCUAAUUUGGCAAUUUUUUCCUGAAAACUACUUGGUUUGUGUGUAGACUGUAGAGAGUGAAUUCUAUUUAACUUAUCUGCAGCUUAAAAGCUAGUGUUUCGGGUUAAAGUUAUAUGUAGUUGUUAAUGAAACUUAGUCUUGUUCAUCAUAUGACUUGCUGUACAAAAAAUUCAUUGGGGGGAAAAGUGAAACGCUCUGAUUCCUGCUCCAUUACCAUAUCUUUUAUAUGGUUCAAUUGUUUGGUGGUGUCAGCAUAGGAAAUGAACUAA